UGAUCGAGUCAUAAUUAUGAAUCUAAAUAUAAAUGCGGUGUUGGAAAAAAGUAUACUAUCCUCAUUGCAAAGGCUGUUCAUUACUACGAAACCACUGGUGCGUCAUGCACAAUAGAGCAGGCGUGGAGGCAGCAGCAGCAGCACCGGUGCCAGCGAUGACGCGUGUCGGGAACCAUACUAACAGCAGCGAUCCACAAUCUGUUAACAGUCGCGUGUUCGUGGGUAACCUCAACACGUAUGUGGUCGGCAAAGAAGAGGUGGAGCGUAUUUUCAGCCGUUAUGGUCGCCUCAUCGGCAUUUCUAUGCACAAGGGCUAUGCUUUUGUUCAGUACACUGACACAUGGGACGCCCGGAAUGCCGUGGUCGGAGAGGAUGGACGAACUGUGGCUGGGCAGCUGCUAGGUAAGUGUCAACUGACAGUAUGAAUAAAUAAUAUUACUAUCACAGUCAAUGAAUAAUAUUACUAUUACAGAACUGUUGCCUGAAAGCUUUGCCUAUUUCUAACGAAUGCCUUAAUGUGAAGUGAUUCUGGGAGAAUUUAAAA